AUAAACUUCCUCAAAGAAUACUGUAAACAAAUCUACGAAUAUUUUUUAGGUUGCGACACAUCCUGAACAGUGGCCUGCUUGAAUUAAGGAAAUUACGAAGUCUUUGGUUGAAAUUUCGCGUUUUCAAAGUAGCGCAGAUCAGCUGGGCGGACAAAAGGAGGGAAGUGGAGGAAAAAGCGCAACGUGCCACGCGUUUGUUUGGUUGAGUGCUCUCGAUAAUUUCGUGAAUGCUCGGGCUCGUGUGAAAUCGGGAUAGUGACACACGGCUAUAGACAUUUUCUCAUGCCUUUGAGUUGACCACGCUUCUCUUCGGGUGACAAUACUGCAGCUGCAUUUGUCUUGUAGAAAUCAUUUGUAUUUAGACAUGGUGAAGCAAACCAAGGCCAAAACUUUCCAAGCCUAUUUGGAUUCCUGUCAUCGGCGUUACAGCUGUGUCCACUGCCGUGCACACCUGGCCAACCAUGAUGACCUCAUUUCUAAGUCCUUUCAGGGGAGUCAGGGACGUGCAUAUCUGUUCAAUUCUGUGGUUAAUGUAGGCUGUGGGCCAGCAGAAGAAAGGUUGUUGCUGACAGGGCUUCAUGCUGUGGCUGAUAUUUACUGUGAGAAUUGCCACACCACGCUGGGAUGGAAAUAUGAGCAGGCAUUUGAGUUAAGUCAAAAGUAUAAAGAGGGGAAGUUUAUAAUUGAAUUGUCGCACAUGAUUAAGGAUAAUGGAUGGGACUGAAGCGCGCAACCUUUGCUUUCAAUUACAGUCAACUGCUUGCAGCUUCAUAUAUAUAUAGCGAGCACCUUUUUCACACGGAUUUCCCAAUGCACCAAGUUUUAAAGGGUAUGGGGAGCUUGGGGUGCCUGGUGUGUGUUUGUGUGUCGUAUGUGUUUUUCUUUAGGUUUCCUUUACUUGGGCUUGUUUAAGAAAACUGCUUGAAUUAUCAGCCAUUUAAAUCCUGUUUCAAAGAAUUCGUUUGAGAGUUUGUUGGGAUUCGGACAUAAGCCCUAAAUUUCCCCUUUGAAGUGCAAUUUACAAGGUUUGGAUUAAAUAUGAUCAUAAUUGUAGUCCAAAACAAAAAACAACAACAAAAAC